AUGCGCGCGUCUCGAAUGAUAAUUUUCAGAGCUAUUGUCUAUAAAAGCAUCGCACGCGCAGGACAAGAGGCGAAAGUCGACGAAAAUGAAGUGGUAUUAUCGUUGGCGCUAAGUGGAGUGGUGGGUGAAGCUCCUGCCCCAUACCCGCCUAGUGGGUGGCGACCAGAUGGACCAUCGUUUGAUCUGCCACAGCGACCACAAAAACAAGAAUACCUGCCGCCCGUCGAUCCUCGACGACCAGUCAAUCCUAACUUCGACAAUGGUGUUGACAUUUCCGUCCAAGGUUUGCCCACAGUCGAACAACAGCCCAUCUUUCAAGUGUCUCCAAUCAAUGGGCAGCAAUUCACUGGCCCUAGCAUUAAUGCGGAUUUACGAAAUCUAGACCCAGGAUUUAGACAGAUACAGGAAGAGAUCACAUGUUACCAGGAGAUGCGUUCCAUAACUUAUCAAUAUUGUCUUAUGUUGCUACAUUUACAUACCUACAAUAAUAAAUUCCGUCUACAGUAUCAACAACAGCAACAGAAAGCUCAAGAAUUCGCUAGACAAAGGGAAUUUGAUGCCCAAACAAAGACUUUCAAUGGUUUGCCAUCCCAACAGUUCCCAAGGCAGUUCGUUCGACAAAGUACUACUAAUAAACCAGAAUUUAAAACUACAGACUCGACAACGGAAGAAUUAGAUUUAAACGAAGGAGAAGUUGCUCCUAAAGAACAAAGACAAAACGUUUCUGUAGAAAUUACAAAGCAGAAUGUUCAAGAAUACCCACCAGAAGUCUUUUUAGAUCCGUUGACUCAGUUAAAUUUCCAAUCUCAACUUGUUCCUGUUACACAAUUGGGGCAACUGAAAGCGGCUAUUUAUUACCAACAGAUAUCGUCUAAUCCCCAAGGCUUUGAUGGUCCAGCACAUUUAUCAGCUUUGCCGUCAGUUUUAGCUCAAAAACAAAUAUUGGAGCAACAAGCAGCACAACCAUUUGCUCAAGCGCCUAUCAUUGUUCAAGAGCAAUUAGUGCAGGAACCGUUAAAUCAAUAUCAACCUCUCAAUCAGUAUCAACCACAGGUACAAGCGUACCCAUUCCAAGCACCAGUUGUUUUACAACCGCAAGCAAACCAAAUUCAACCAAAUCAGUUCGUUCAACCCACACAAUUUCAACCUACCUCGCAGGCUCAACAACCAGAUCCAGAUUCGGAGAGUAUUGAGCCAAACAACCAACAAACACAAGUACAGGCGUAUCCUCAAUAUCAAACACCAGUUUUGGUGCAGCCCCAGGCUCAACCACUCCAACCUAAUCAAUUUGUUCAACCAAAUCAAUUCAUCCAGCCCAAUCAAUUUGCACAACCUAAUCAAUUUGUUCAACCAAGCCAAAUAGCACAACCUACCUUUUUUGCACAACCCAGUCAAUUUGGCCAAAUCAAUCAGAUCCCCGUACCGAAUCAGUUCGUACAACCUCAGUUUGUUCAAGAAGUUCAGCCUCAAUCCGGGCUAAACGAAAAUAUUCAAACGAACCAGCCACAAAUAAUUUACCAGAAUGUUCAGCCGCAGUAUUACCAGCCGAAUCCUUACCAGGACCAGACUAUUCAGCCAUCGAUUCCAAAUGAUUAUCAGAAUCAAUAUCCUCAAAGCCAAGGUCAAGUUGCAUUACAGAGUGGUAUUAAUGAACAGCAGGAUAAUGGUUUAGAGACAGAAGAUUUUGACGAAAGUGAUGGAAAUAAGGCUGUUGCCGUAGCGACCGCGUUUGGUACCAGGACUCAGCCUCGCGUGGUUCCAACGUAUGGGUCUCCAAAGCCGGUUCCAACUUACCAAACCACCACUGAUUCUAACGAUGAGAGUUCCACUGAAGAUGCUCCAGCCAUCGCCCAGGCCACAGCUAUUGCUACUGGUAGGAGAAAGAGCGCUAAGUUAAGAAGUCGCCGAGUGCGACCCAUCUUCACUCUGGACAAAUCUGGCCAUUUAGUACUAGCUCAAGAUCAAUAA